AUGAUCAAGCGCUCGAUCCUUGUUCUGCUGCUGGUGCUGAUGGCUGUCCUGAGCUUCGCCCACGCCGACGAUGCAGCCCCCGCUAAUUUGGAGGAUCUCCCGCCUGGAGUGUCGCUCGUCGGCGGCCAAGAACCGGUCCCGGUUGCGCGCAAGGAGCAGCUGGACGAGCAGUUCGUUCCCGGCGGACCGGCCUUCGUCCCCGGAUUCCGCCAGCGCUUCAGAUUCCCGUGGAGCGGUGGUUUCCGCUACGGCUGGCGCUUCCCGAUCGGCUACUGGAACGCGUUCGGCCGCAACAUCUUCGGCCCGAGCUGCCUGUUUGCUCGCCAGUGGGGUGGUUUCUGGUACUGCUAA